CGCAUUCGCAAUCAGUCGGUUGAGCCAAGUGGUACGAGAGCAGCUACAUUGCAAUAUAUUCCCAUAUAUAUAUAUAGAAAGAAAAUAAAGACAGAGCUGAUUCUAAGCAUAGUUCAAUAGCGCUAUUGAUAACUCUAUCACGAACACUCAAUUCAUUUAAAUCAAUCAAGAAGUGAAUCAAAGCAAGUGUAAAAUGGCUUUGUCCAAGAUCGAUGGGGAGAUCGAUAAUAUCGAUCAGGAGAAAUAUUUGCGCCAGGCGACGCAUUACUAUUGCGCGCUGGAGAAACCAUUAAAGUUUGGACCCGCCGUGGAUAGUUUGCCGGAUCUGAUAUCGGCAUUGCAUCGCGAAUUCGACGCGAACUAUGUGAACAUCGAGAUGGUGAAUCAUCUGAUGCUCGCCUACAAAUCGAAUCCCAAGGAAUGGCGUAAAUAUGCCAAAUUCGAUCGUUACACGUAUACGAGAAAUCUGGUCGAUGCCGGCAAUGGGAAGUUCAAUCUGUUGAUACUCUGCUGGGGUGAGGGUCACAGCUCAUCGGUGCACGAUCACGCGGACUCGCAUUGCUUCAUGAAGAUGCUGAAGGGUGAGCUGCGAGAGAAACGCUAUCGGUAUCCGAACCGGGGCGGCGAUGAGGAGCAGCAGCAGCAGCAGCAGGAUCACCAACACAUCAACGAUCACGAGCUGGUGGAGAUCGGCGAUAAGCCCAUACCAGUCAAUGAUGUGGCCUACAUAAAUGAUAACUUGGGGCUGCAUCGCGUGGAGAAUCCCAGCCAUACGGACACCUCGGUCUCGCUGCAUCUCUACUGUCCGCCCUUCGAUAUGUGCAACAUCUUCCAGAGCAAUGGCAAGAAGAUACCAGCCAAGGUUACGUUCUGGAGUAAAUACGGCGUACGCAACAAAGCCAAUGAGCAAUAGACUACAAACACACAUAGAUAUAUAUAUACUCAUAUAUAUUUAAGUCUCCUAUUAUUAGUUGUUAAGCUCUUAGCUAUACCAAAAAUGUUAAAUUAAGUUACAUUAACUGAAUAACAAAAAUAC